UCACAAUUGUGUGUUCCAUUUUGGUAUUGCUUCACUCAAAAAACCUUGAAAAGUUCGGUUUCUGUUGAACUUUACCGUAAUAUUUUCUUGUUAACCGGUAAUUAAUAUUCAUCGUAUAAUUAACCGGCUAUCCGUUGAAUGCGAAAUGGCUCGAUUGGUAGCAGUUUGUCGGGAAGACGACUACAAAUUUCUUGAACGGCAAGUGCCUCUUGUCAUAGACGAAUCACUGAAAAUGGUGAUGGAGUUUGCGGACGUGUGUGCCGGCUGUGACGGCGUCGGCAUCAAGCAGAAGGACCUGGCUGUGUUCCGGCAUAAGUACAACGCGUUGACGCGCGAUGAGCGUCUCCUCGCGCUCAUGGUCACCAGCAAGGACCUGUUCGCAGCGCUUGCGCAGAUGGUGCCGUGCGUCGGCUGCCGCAGGAGUGUCGAGAGGCUCUUUAACCAGUUGAUGGACUCCGGUCAUCCAAGCCUUGAGCCGCUGGUCGUGCGGGAGAAUGGCAUGCUUUCAAUCAUGAACCCCAUAGACUCAAAGUCACUGUAUGCACUGUUCAAUCUACAUGG